AUGGAGAAUAAUUUCAACUCUGAAUCAUCAUCUGCGUUUACUCUCCAAAGUUCUUCAGGCACAAUGGCUUUUAGUCAACUCUUAGAUUUCAGAACAACUUUACUAGAAGCUUUAGAAGAACUGCAAAUGAGAAGAGAAGCCGAACAUAAAUAUGAAGAGCAGAUUAGUAAAAUUAUUAUGGAGACACAGGAACUUAAAUGGCAAAAGGAGACUCUUCAGCAUCAAAAGGAAGCAUUAGUAAAGCAACACAAAGAAGAGAUGGAAGUUUUUAAAAAGCAGUUGCAAAUGAAGAUGUGUGCCUUGGAAGAAGAAAAGGGAAAAUUCCAGCUUGCUACAGAAAUAAAAGAAAAAGAAAUAGAAGGAUUAAAAGGAACAUUAAAGGCAUUACAGGUUUCAAAAUAUUCCUUACAGAAGAAAGUGUGUGAAAUGGAAAAGAAGGCCCAGUUACAUCUACUAGCUAAAGAAGAUUAUCAUAAUCAAUUGAAUGAAAUUGAGAAAUACUAUGUCACAAUAACAAGUCAGUUUGGAUUGGUGAGAGAGAAUCAUGCAAAAUUAGAACAAAAUGUACAGGAAGCAAUACAGUUGAACAAAAGACUUUCCACUUUAAAUAAUAAGCAAGAAUCUGAAAUACACAGUUUAAAGAAGGAACUAAAACAAUUAACUUCAGAUUUGAUUAAGUCCAAGGUCACAUGCAAGCACAAGAUGGAAGAAGAAAAUGAAUUGGAAUUAAAUAAGAAGAUUAAUGAAGAGAUUACCUAUCUUCAAGAAGGAAAACAGGAUAUCCUCAUUUCUUUUCAACAUAUGCAGCAAUUACUUCAGGAACAAACUCAAGCUAAUACUGAAAUUAAUGCAGAAUUGAAGAUGUUAAGAGAAAACAAUCAGACCCUUGAAAGAGAUAAUGAGCUACAAAGGGAGAAGAUAAAAGAAAAUGAAGAAAAGUUCCUUAAUCUUCAAAAUGAGCAUAAGAAAGCACUAGGAACUUGGAAGAGACAUGUUGAAGAACUUAAUGGAGAAAUGAAUGAGAUUAAAAAUGAGUUAUCAUCACUUAAAAAAACUCAUAUGAAGUUGCAAGAACAUUACAACAGAUUAUAUAGUCAGAAAAAAUCUGAGGAAGACAAGUUUCAGAAUGUUCCAGAACUAAAUAAUGAAAAAUGUGAAUUAUCCGCUAAAAAAUCAGAAAAUACCAUCAUAGUGAAAUGUAAUUCUGGGCAAGAAAUAUGGGAAAAAAAUAUGAGUUUUUCUUCAGAUAUUGAAUACAGAGAAAAGGAGGAAAAGAAAGAGCUACCUGUAGAAGAAAUUAUAGAUGAUUUACAGCCUUCUGAAAAAAGCAUCAAGAAUGCAAUGAAUACUACUCUACCUCAGGACAGAAGCCAAAGUGCAGUCUCCCCAAACAAAACCCUCUGCCUAGAUAGAGAUAUAACUGGUCAAGAACAAACCUUGAAUGUAACUGACUGUCAAAAAUCAGUUACUGGAGAGGUAAAAGAUAAAGUGUGCUUAGAAAAAGACAAUAGAUGCUCAGAAUUUAAAUCACCAAACAGUCCCUUUUUAGUAAUAGAUAAAUCAGUAGAAGUUGAAAAAAUAUGCCAAGAAAGAACUGAAGGAUUUGACUUUCCCCAAGCAAGUGUAGAUGUGCCUCUGGAGACUCAAAGUAACAAAGCAUCAUUUAACAGCAUUUUAAAUGAGAUGGCCCACAAAAGAAACUAUCAAGAAGAUGCUUCCAAAAGUAAACCAUUCAAACAGCAAUUCAAAUUUCUUCCAGUUAAUCAAAAGAAUGCUACAGAGGAAGUUACAAAUCAUGAUCAAUCCAAAGCAGAUUUAGAUUCAUUUCUAGAAGUAAAAAUGAAUCCUGUUCAAUGUAAGAAAUAUGGUUUACAGGAUUCAAAUAAUGUUAUGUUAGAUGAUAAACACUGUAAAAUAAAAGAAAUGCAGCAGUUAACUGAAGAGAGUGAGUGCAGCAUAUUACCUCUUAAACAAACUUCAGACUGUCAACAAGCUUGUAAUACUUCAGAGAAGCCUGAGAAAACUAUUUCCUGGGGCACAGUAAUUAGUCAACCCAGUUCACCUGCUGUCUUUGGUGAUAAUUUGAAAGGAUUUGAGAAUUCAGAAAACAAUAUUAAUAUUACACCAAUGUUGGUGAAACAAAACUCAAGUUCUGCAGAAAGAACUGUAAGGAAAAAUAUAGACAAUAUUCAAAACAGUCAAUUCAAGAACUGUGAGGGAUCUUUGGAAAACGAUGUGACUAGUUCCUACCUUCAGGUUAACCAAGAAAACAAUGUUUCACAAUCUGAAGAUUUAAAAAUUGCUGUUCCCAUGACAACUUCCACAGAAAAACAGCUUUCCAAUGAGAACGAGAUAACUGAAACUACAACAAAUGACCUCUUUUCCUUUGUGACUGUUAAGGAAAGACAGCAUACAUUGUCAAAUAAUACGGAGAAAACAGAGCCAUUAAAUGACAUAGUUUCAGAAAAAAUGUCCAGUGAAGGUCAGCUAGAAGAAUCACAUUCAUCUCACACGAAGCCCUCUAGAGACUCAGUCAACAGAAGUGGAAGGUCAACCUUUGAUCUUUCCACUUCAGAUAAAAAAUCCAAGGAAACUCCAGUAUACAUCAAGUUUUUAGGCCCUGGUGCUUGGUCAAAAGUAAAUCAAAAUAAAAGUCAAACAGUGAGCUCUUCAACUUCUGGCUUUUCUCUGUUCAAGGAGAGACCAGUAGGUCAGUCUGAAAACAAUGCAAUUGCUUCAACUUUUUGUGAAAAUGUUGAUAUGGACAAUGUCAGAAAAAAUAUUGAGCCAGAUACUAUCAGCACUAAGAGAGCUGCUGACACUUUGAAUAACUGGAGGAUCCAUCCAGAUCCCAAGAGACAGCACAGUGAAGACAGGAAUGCAAGUGCAAAGACUUUUCAUGAUUCUUCUUUUCCCACAAAACAUGUAAAAGCAGAACCUUGGAUUUCAAUUGUGCAACAGAGCCAUUCCCAGACAAUGAAGGUUAAAGACAUGCCUGACCUAUCUGCCUUUUCUCCUGGUAACAAUGAUCGGCAGAGCCUUAUAGCACACCAAGUAAAUGAAAAGCUCCUAGGCUUGGAAAAUGACAACCAACCUAAAAAACGAAAGGCAGAAGAGAUGUUGGAAAAAAUAACAGAUUAAAUUCUCCAUCUUGUAUUUGCCAAGCUUGCUAUUAGCAUCCAAUUCUCUUUAACUUUAGUCUUCCUCUCUGUAUAUUAUUUCCUUUAAAGCACUUGUUAGUUUC